AUGGCAACUCUUAGAGCGGCACGAGCUGCAGCACGUAUUCAUCGUACUGUGCGCCACGAGAUGGAGCCGAAGAUCAAGCCUGGAAUGCGGCUGGACACUUUUGUGGAGGAGUUGGAGAGUCGAGUGAACAUGCACGCUAAGUUCGAUCCCAAGCGACCACUUGAGCGUGGCUGGGGUUUCCCUACUGGCGUGUGCUUGAAUGAAGUUGCCGCUCACUUCACGCCCAACAACCCGGCCUUCUCAACAGCACCUCCGCCCCAGUCUAUCAUAUACACUGCUAAUGAUGUGCUCAAGGUCGACUUUGGAGUCCAUGUCGACGGCCAUAUAAUUGACUGCGCUUUCUCCGUUACCCAUAACCCUCUUUUGGUGCCUUUGCUAGAGACAGUAAAGGAAGCAACAUACACAGGCAUUCGCACGGCUGGAGUUGAUGUGCGGGUGUGUGAUGUGGGUGCUGCUGUCAGCGAAGUCAUGAACUCGGGUGAGCUCGAGGAUGGAUCCCCAGUGAGGGUCAUCUACAACCUGUGUGGUCACUCUAUCGGCAACUACAAGAUCCACGAUGGUCUGGCCAUACCCCUAGUGGAUAACGGAGACCAAACUAAAAUGAAGGCUAACCAGCUCUACGCUGUGGAGACCUUUGGAGGUGCUGGUGGUGGAAUCACUGGUUAUGUCACCAGCAAAGGGGAGUCGAGCCAUUUCAUGCUGAGCCCUUACUACGAGCAGUUUAGCCGUCUUCUGUCGGCCAACGGCAAGAGGACUCUCUCCCACAUACUUAAGCGUUUCAGCACGAUGCCGUUCGCUGACCGGUGGCUAUCGGCGUUUGACUGCGGGAAUUUGAGAGAGCUCGUGCGGUAUAAUGUGGUGAUGGACUGUCCUCCGUUGGUGGACGCUGGUCCGGGAGGAUACAUAGCGCAGUUCGAGCACACCAUCAUGUGCGGGGAGAUGGGCACGGAGAUAAUAUCAAAAGGACCGGAUUAUUAGCUGUCAUUAGCCUCGGCGAUGUUCCU